AUGGUAGUUAAUUCUGCCAUUGAUGGAUCUUGGAGCUCAAAAAUUAAUAACUCAGGAUCUAAAAGAAUGGGAACCUUGAUUGACCUUUCUUCUCUUCCUGAAGCAAGUAAACAUGGUGAUGAUACUGCAAUAAUGAUUCCUGAUGAAUUAUUGGAUAAUAGUUUGGAUGAAUGGAAGUUUAGUCUUAUAGGCAGGUUAGAUUUCCAGAAAUUGAAAAUAGAGCUUGCUGAUAGGGUUUUGAAAGAUCAAUGGAAGUUAAAAGGAAAUUCUCAAUUGAUUCCGAUGGGGAAAGGCUUUUUUGUCAUCGAACUUGAUAACGAAGAUGAUCAGAAUAGAAUUUGGAGUGGUGGUUUAUGGCAGGUGGAGAAUCAGAUUUUGAAGGUUAGGGAAUGGGAACCAAACUUCAAGCAUGAAAAUCAAAAGUCUUCCACUGCUUUCGUAUGGGCUCAUUUUCCAGGUCUAUGUAUUGAAUACUGGAAGGAGGAAAUCAUUCUAUCCAUUGCUAAAACAAUUGGUAGAGCAAUUCAAGUUGAUGAGACAACUCUAAAGCGUGAAAUCGGUUAUUAUGCAAGUAUGAUGGUUGAAGUCGAUUUAGCUAAAGAAAUCCCUGGUAGAAUUUGGAUUGGCACAAAGUAUGGAGGAUUUUAUCAAGACAUUAAAAUCCCCAAGGUUCCAAAAUUUUGUGGGCAAUGUAAGAUUGUAGGGCACAUUGUAUCUGAAUGCAGGGUUAGUAGGAAGGAUCAAAAUAAGCCAGAGGAAGGGGAAAUAGUAGAUGAAGGAAAUAAAUAUAGAAAGAAAGGAAAAAAUACAGACAAGGAGGAGAAAUUUGUUGGUGCUUCUGAUCCUAAAGAUGAUGUGACUAUUGAUACCAUUCCUGUGGUGGAUGCUAGAAUUCCUGUUGCUAACGCGGAAGUUGGAAUCAAGCUAUCUAAAGCUUUCCAUGCUCUUAAGGACAUGGAGGAUAAUAGUUCGAUCAAUGAACUUCCUAAUGAAUUGCCUAUGGAUAUAAGUAAGCCUCUUGAGAUUGUCUCAAGCACUUCUUUGGACAAUGCUGUUAAAGGGGCUAUUGGUACUAUUCAUAAGGAUAUUGUCGUUGUAAAAAAGACUAUUAGAAAAAAGAUAAAAAGAUCUAUGGAAAACAAAGAGUCUUUAUUGCUUUAA